GAUCUGACAGCCUGCGCGCGUCUAUGACAGAGUUUCGCCAUUUUGAACACAAACAUAUGAGCGAUUUUUACUUUCCGAUCUUCCUUUCCCUCGCCCUGCGCGUGAGCGGCCGAGAUAACUCUGCGUAGUGAUUAAGAGCAGACUAAUUUUUAAAAAACUAAUUUAUCGAUAAGAGGGAGCUGAAAAGCAACUUCAGUGAGGACGAUGGCUCGCGUUCUGGGCAGAUAGUUGAGAGGAAAACGGUCUCGUGGCAGCUGCGGGGUUUCACGGAGCGCGCGCGGGGCAGUAGCAGCAGCAGCCCGUCUGAAGACACUCACAGCGGGGUGUCAGUCCGUCUGAGGCGUGUAUUCGAGGAAGGCCUGGUGGGAAGUGGACCUCAUGCAGAUUAAUGCUAGGUCAUUCUGUGCUGUCUGCAUUCUGCCACUCAAAUGCCUGUCUGCCUGUGGAGGAGGUGUAACUAAGGAUUCACACGUUUCAUCAGCUGGCCUGGGCUUCCUGCUGCAGCAGCCACUGCCGCCAUCAUGUUCUGGAAGUUUGACCUGAACAACACCUCCCAUAUCGACCAGCUGCUGGAUCGAGAGGGAGUGACUCUGAGAGAGUUGAUGGAAGAGGAGGAUGUCCUGCAGGAGUGCAAAGCACAGAACCGCAAGCUCCUCCUCUUCCUCUCCAAGGACCACUGUAUGCAGGAGCUGGUCACAUUUAUUACGGAGGAGCCCCCUGCUGACCUGGAGGAGAAAACUCGCUUCAAGUUUCCAAACGUAGCCUGUGAGCUCCUGACCUCUGAUGUGGCUCUUAUCAAUGAUAAGCUGGGUGGAGAUGAAUCCCUUUUGGAGAAGCUCUACCACUUUCUGGAGCAAGAGCCGCCCCUUAACCCCCUGCUGGCGUCCUUCUUCAGCAAAACCAUCGGCAACUUGAUUGCACGUAAAACAGACCAGGUAAUCUCUUUCCUAAGGAAAAAACACAACUUUAUCAGUCUGGUGCUGAAUCACAUUGAUGCCUCGGCCAUGAUGGACCUUUUGCUGCGCCUCAUCAGCUGUGUAGAGCCUGCCCCCCUGAGGAUGGAGGUCCUUAAUUGGCUGAAUGAGGAGAGACUCAUCCAGAGACUCACAGAGCUCAUGCACACAGGGAGAGAUGAAGAGAGACAAUCUAAUGCAUCCCAGACUCUUUGUGACAUUAUUCGACUUAGUCGAGACCAGGCCAAUCAGCUGUCUGAGGUCACCGAACCAGACCCCUUACUCGCUGUCCUGGAGUCACAAGAGAAUGUGGCAGAGCUUUUGAAGAACAUGUUUGAAGGGGAAAGGACUGAAGCGUCUGUCGUCAAUGGAACGCAAGUGCUUCUUACGUUACUGGAGUCACGAAGGUCAGGGCUGGAGGGUCUGAUGGACCUCUAUUCUCAGGGAUGUGAAAGGUCUUACACUGUCAACAGCAGUAUUUUACGUGCUAUUGAGCCUCAUCUAAAGGACUUCCAGCAGCUCCUGCUGAACCCUCCUACGAGAAGUGCAAUACUCACUACAGUGGGCGUUCUGGAGCAGCCCCUGGGGAGCGCCCGCCUUCAUGUGGCCAGACUGGUGGCUUCUCUGCUGCAGACUUGCGACCUCAGCAUCUGCCAAGAGAUCUGCAGACUCAACACCAUGGACCUGCUGUUGGAUUUAUUCUUUAAAUACACCUGGAAUAAUUUCUUGCACUUGCAAGUGGAGCUGUGUGUGGCAUCCAUUCUGAACCACUCUCCCUACGUGGACCUCCAGAACCCAGGUCUGCAGAACCACGAGGAGAGACCAGCUACAGGCACAGGCAGCCAAGCGGAGGAGGGAACACCUGGCCAGAACAGCACCUCUGACCCAGCAAACACGCCCAUUAAAGAUGCUCUUGUUGCCAAUCUCUUCCUGCAUUGCCAGUUGGUGCAAAGGAUUCUGGAUGCUUGGGAGGAAAAUGACAAAAAUCAGGUUGAAGGAGGAAGGCGAAGGGGAAACAUGGGUCACCUGACAAGAAUUGCAAACACUGUGGUUCAAAACCUGGAGAAAGGGCUGGCUCACUCUCAAAUGAAUGACCUAAUUAAAGAGCUGCCAGAAGACUGCAGAGGCCGCUGGGAGAGUUUUGUGGGUGAGACAUUGAGAGAGACCAACAGGAGAAACACGGUGGAUUUGGUGAGGAAAGUGAGCACCCAUAACUUACACUCAUCUAGUGAAGAUGAUGACAUGGAGAGCCCUUUCCCCAAUGAUCUGUCCAUCCAACAGGCGUUCUCUGAUUACCAGAUUCAGCAGAUGACCGCCAACUUUGUGGAUCAGUUUGGUUUUAAUGAUGAGGAGUUCAAUGAACAUGAUGAAAAUAUCAAUGCUGCAUUCGAUCGAAUUGCUGAAAUUAACUUCAAUAUAGAUGCAGAUGAUCAUAGUGCCAAUGCUGCAGCUUUUGAGGCAUGUUGUAAAGAAAGAAUCCAGCAGUUCGAUGACUGUGAGGAAGAGGAGGAUAUUUGGGAUGAAAAAGAAAUAAACUAUGCAACACAAAUCAAAUCUAGAUCGAGGUUCGGUGUGUCUCUUUCUUCAGAUAGUUCACCCAAGAGUGCAGUGAGAAAUGGGGGUGGAGGCUGCGGGUCGGCCUCUGAGGAAGAGGAUGUUGAGGAAGAGGCCAGUCCUCAGCAGUCUGCAGCAGCUCAGGCUCAAAAUUCAAGCUGGACGGCGAGCUUUGGUGAGAUUGAGGUGAGCUCCUCUAGCUCCUGGGGUGGCCCCCCUCAGCAGGGAGGUGAGGGUCCGCAGGACACAAGCUGGUCCUCCUUCACUGAAUUCCAGCCUUUCAGCAGCACAGAGUCCAGCCAGACUGAGGGACAAGCUCAACAAGGCCAAGAGAAGAACUCGGCUGGCAGUGGUUCGUCUACAGGAGCGUGGGAAGGAAAUCCUAGGCAAGAAGCCCCUCUGGCAGCAGACAGCAGCUCGUCUGGAGGUUCAGACAGUAAAGAGGACCCUGGAGAAAAUAAGACAGAGGGUUCCCGUAAAACACCUGCCAACCAGCCAACAGCAACCUCAAGCGAGGUGCCUACUGAAGCUCUGGAGAAGCUCAGCAUCACAGACAAUAGUGAGUCUUCAGCGUCUACAGAAGAGUCGGACGCUACCACUGUGAUGGAGACCAGGGUCGAGGCACCUGCUUCAGCUGAGAUCAUGCCCAACGGACCGGUCUGAAGGCUCUGGAUAGGAGUCCGACCCACUCUCCGCCUCUUCCAUUCUGAACCCCCAAACCUCAAUACCACUUUUGGUGUUUAAAUAAAGAAUGCUGCCAUGUUAUUGGUCCUGGAUACUGCCAAUCAGCCCAUAAUUGGAGAAGGAAGCCAGGGGCAUGUAACACAAGAAACCAGUACAGUGCUCAGAGGUGUUAGUCUUUUAAUCCUUUCAACUUUGUAUGAGAUAUGUAGCAGUGACCGUGUGAUUACAGGAUCUGUCAGGACUUCUUUUUUUUUUCUCCUUGGUUUGUGUCCCUCCCUUAAUUUUUCUGGAUUAGUAUUUUCCGCUCGCAGCCUUGGAUGGUAGAAAACAGGGAUGUGAAGGCCCUCAUUGGAAAGCGCAGACUCAUCCUUCACAGCAUAACGUCUUGAACAUCUUCACGCAAAAUUGAAAGCCUCGUUGCCUGACAACAGCCUCUGCAUCAAUUUACUGUAUGUUGAAGCACAACUGAAAUGUUCUGUAAUGCUUGACACAUUUCUGCCCUGCCAAGUUCACUUUUAGGAUUUUUUUAAACAUAUUAUCAUGACCUAAUCUCAUUAAAUCAUGUAUUUUAAUGUUCUGAAGUGCUUUGGGGCAGAAAUGUAUGACACUGUGUCCACAUCGGCACGUGUGCAGUAAUGUUUCGUCAUUUAAUUUCAAUUUGACUCAUUCUAAAACGAUACAUUAGUGGUGGAGGUGUGCCUCUGAUUUUUUUGGGGACUUUUUUUAUUGCAUGCAAAACAUUAUUUAUCAAGCAUAUACUAGCAGCUGUAUUUUCCCCAACAACUUUCUAGCUAGUUAGUCAAGACCUUCUGAUUGUAUUGAAUUACUUUUGGCCAUUCUUUUCCCCCUCGCCUCAGAUCAGCUAAACGAUUAAUCGUGGGUUUAAAGUAGAAAGCUUAAAGUAAUUGUAAUAUCCUUUGCCUUAAGUUACAAAUCCUUCAGAAUCCCUGUUAAAGGACAGAAGGGUUUCCCACAAAGCGAACAGGCUUUUUUUGUCUGUUUAAAAUUUUAGGUGGUUUCUGAAGAAAUGCCCCUCACAAUUUUAUAUGUAUCCCUGUCUAACGCAAAUGCAGGACCUGAUUUUUUUUUAUUCAAGAAGCCCCAACUCAGUAAUAUAUCACACAAGAAAUACUCCACAGGACAGUGUUAUGUAUCAUCAGUUUUUUUUUUUUUUUAAGCCAGAACUCUUGUUUAAUGCUGUCAGAAAGACUUUUCAGACUUGUGUCCGAACCCUUCGGUAGCUCUCGUUGGAAAUACCAAGAUCCACCUCUUUAAAUAUUUCAUCCUGAACGACAUGUGAUUAUUCUUUCUUCCAGGAUUUUUUUUUUUUGGCUAUCACAUUUCACGCAUCAUAUCUCUACAGGCUUACUAUGGUACCAAAUCUGUUGGAUUACAGGAUUGGGAUAUUGCAUUAUUUAUUUUGCACUUACGGAGGUGUUAGAAUGGAGACCUGCUCUCCUAUCAUGCAUUGGAACACUGUGUAUUUUUAUUUUUUCUCGCUCCUCAUGAUCUUUGGUUCUGGAGUGUAAAUCCUCCAUUGACUCUGCUUCUUAUAUCUAUAACAUGUUCAGAUAGGUUUGUUUCCAAAGCCAAAAGUAUGUUAUUUGCCUUUUGUCUUUAACUGUAAAAAAGAAAAAGAAAAAAAAAAUCUUAUUAUUAACUUUAACCAAUAUUAUUUUACAUAUUGUAGAGAUUCUAAUUUAUGUGAUCUUCAGCAACCAAAAUAUUGCUCCGUUCAAUUCUGUCCCCGUGUCUGGACUGUUUCUGUACAUUCGCAGCUUGGUUUGGAGUUUGAAGUUUUGUAUUCAUUUAUUUUCCCAAGAGAAGUCUGUUACACAGCUAUAGAUAUUUAACAGAUUAUGGUUGUAUUAUUUUCAAAAGCUGCCAAAAAUUAAUUUUAAUAAGACUGUUCCAGGUUCGAUUCUAUUACAACAGAAAGUAAUUUUGACGCGUUCAUCAGAAUGUACAAUUCAUCCAAUUACAGUUAAAGUUUAAGACAUUACUCUUGGAUGAACUUUUACAUUUUAUGUUUCUAAAGUAAAGAUUUAGAUAUUAUCCAGAUUUUAACGAUGUUAAUACAACAGUCUAUGGUUAACACGGGACAGGUGUACCCCUGUAAAAUACUUGAUUCUGAUUGGCCAAUCGCCUCUAUACAAGUACGUUCAUCCGGGUAACUAACUGAAACGGCGCACUUUCCUGUCAAACUAGACCGUAAAUGGUGCCAUCUUGUUUCUUAUCACUUGUAACGAAAAGACAAAAUUCAAGGUAAUAUAAUUUUAAUAUAUAUCUAUAUUUAAUGUUCGUGUAUUUGUGGGGUGGGUUUGGGUUACUUGUCAAGUAAUGUUAAGUUGGACCACAGUUUACGUAACGUCUUAAAUAACAGCGUUAACGUUAUUUUUUGUUUAUUAGAAACUGAAAGAGGUCGAAAUUAUUCUCUGGUAACUGACAGCAUCGAACCUGGAACAUUUUUGUACAGCUGUAACGUUACAAGCUCCCUACAGUCCUCUCCCUCGAAUAAUACAGUGACCUUGAUUGGAUUUCAUGGAUGUAAUGUAUUUUAUGCACUUGUAAAUAGUGGUUAUAUAUCUCCAUGCCAUAAUAAUGAUGCUGGAUUUGAGCAGUUGGAAGGGAAGGACACAUGCUGCAGGAUAAAUGAAUUACCAUGUUUCAGAGCACUUCAAGUUCACAACUUCCCGCUAGUCAUUCGUUUUAUUCAGACUGCUCAUUAGUAUAUUGAGACGAGUUGGUCAGAAUAUAAGGUAUUCAUUGAUGGCAUAAAGGGUAGUUCUCAUCACAUUGACAUUUGUAUAGACUGGGUCUGUACAUUAUACUGUUGCCUACAUCAGUACCUAUAUAUUUUGAUAUUUUCAGAAUGGAAUAAAUCUGUUAUUGAGAGAAA